UCGAGUUGGUUAGCAAAGGCAGAUUUCCCUCUUUAUUGUUUGUUUGAACAAUUGAUUUGAUGAACUGACAAUGACUGAUGAGCUUUUUUUUUUUUUUCAGCUUUUUGUCCAGGGGCCUUUGCUUGGCCUUUCUCAUUUCCCACAUUUGUGCCACCUCCCCUCCUCGAUCCUCGAGGUGCAUUUUAGGAAUCGAGAUGUCCUUAAAGAUGGCACGCUGAGAACCAUUUCUGGGUCACAGGCUUGAGGAUCAAGGAGGCGAGGAGGCAAGAAUUUGGGAAAUGAGAAAGGCCCCAGCUCUGUUGUUGUUCUCUAGCUGACCCUUACCUUUGACCUCCACAUAGUGAGGAUGGUGAGGAAACAGGAUAGUUACCCCCUAGGGAUCAAUAAAAUAUCACAUCCACUGGAAUAAUUUUUAUUUAAAUGGUGGACUGCCAAGACAUAAAGGUUUUCAUUCAUCCUGCAUAACCCCCACACCCACAUAAACCCCAAAACCCUCACCCUUCACAGCCAGUGAGGGAACAAGCAACUGAACCACAAUGUGCUUAAUGCAGAUAACAAGGCCUUGACUUGCUGCCAAAGACCAACAACUUAAGUCUCUGGUUUUAAUGAUUUUUUAUUUUGUCGCCAAUUAGGUAGUAGGCUUCCUGGACCUGCUUCCUUCUGAGAUUAAUAAAAGUGUGUUUUAAUUAACUUAAAGAAACAUUUUAAAUGAACGGCUUCUCCUUUGAAUGGAGAUAAGGUUGGUUUCAGUGGCUGCUGGGCAUUAAAUGCCUUUCCUUGGGGGUAUUUAUGACUGUUAUCACUUCCUGUUUGUUGUCGCGUCAAAGUGUGUCGAUCAAGACGGCAGAGAGUGAAACUGACGCCCGACUGGGGAGCGCACUGUGCGGGCAGGGCGAUUUGAGGAACCGGGGCGCUUAAAUCUUUUAUCUGAGGAAUGGCCGCUUCGGCGAUAAAAGGAUUUGAGUAUCCCCACUAGCUCCUGACCCAUAUUCCCGAGGAAAACGUUGUUUGCAUCGCUCAAGAAGAAUUAAGGGUGGCUCUGUUCUGUUCGGUUUCCGCUGCGCGCAAUCACAGCUCCAGGACCAGCGGUAGAGUCGGUGCGCUCUGGCAGAAAGCAUCCCCUCCUCAUCACUGGGCUCAGACAGCAGUCAGUGCUCCUCUCCAUGCCUCCGAGCCUCAGCUACCGGCAGUCAUUUGCGGAAUCCCUUGCAAUGAACCCUCUAUAAAACAGCCUGUCUCUUUCUUUUUUUGUUUCACUCUUUACUUACUUCACAUCGCGGGCAGGAAAGAGGAGAACACACGCGAGAAACACUCUUAAGUUUUCGUGAGUCGCACUGGAGGGGAGGAAGCGAUGGCAGCCCCGGUGAAAGCAGCGUUGGCUCUCCUGGUUCUCACCGUGGCAACUGCCUUGGGUGCUGAGGUGGAGGAGCGGCUGGUGAGUCACCUGUUGUCAGCAGAGCGCUACAACAAGCUGAUCAGACCAGCUGUCAACAACAGCCAGCAGGUCACCAUUUACAUCCAGGUGUCUCUAGCCCAGUUGAUCAACGUGAAUGAGCGGGAGCAGAUCAUGACAACCAACUGUUGGCUCAGUCAGGUAUGGAAUGACUACAGAUUAAUGUGGGACCCUGAAGAGUACGAGGGAAUCAAGAAAAUCCGGCUCCCGUCACAACACAUCUGGCUCCCAGACAUCGUACUCUACAACAAUGCUGAUGGGACGUAUGAAGUCUCCUUUUACUCCAAUGCCGUGGUCUCCAACAACGGCGAAGUGGCCUGGCUCCCACCAGCUAUCUACAAGUCGGCCUGCAAAAUCGAAGUCCGUGAUUUCCCAUUUGACCAGCAGAACUGCACCCUCAAGUUUCGCUCCUGGACCUACGACCACACUGAGAUUGAUCUCAUCCUCCUUAGUGAUUUUGCCUCACGUGAUGACUUUAAACCCAGCGGUGAGUGGGAUAUAGUUUCACUGCCUGGACGCAAGAAUGAAGACCCUAAUGACAUCAAGUACCUGGAUAUCACCUAUGACUUUAUUAUCAAAAGAAAGCCUCUGUUCUAUACCAUUAACCUGAUCAUUCCCUGCAUCCUGAUCACGUCACUGGCUAUUCUGGUUUUCUACCUCCCGUCAGACUGUGGUGAGAAGAUGACUCUCUGUAUCUCUGUCCUCUUGGCGCUGACUGUGUUUUUACUCCUUAUCUCAAAGAUUGUGCCACCUACGUCUUUAGCUGUGCCUCUGAUUGGGAAGUACUUGAUGUUUACGAUGGUGCUCGUCACCUUCUCCAUCGUCACCAGCGUUUGUGUGCUCAAUGUGCACCAUCGGUCCCCCAGCACGCACACCAUGCCUCCUUGGGUCAAGCGCGUCUUCCUGUACCGGCUCCCCUCUUACCUCUUCAUGCGGAGACCCGGUAGCUCCAACAUCCGAGAGAGGUUCCGGAAAAAACACCAGCAGCGAUCAUACUCUGACCAGAAGCUGCGUGGAGCAGACGGAGGGACUGGAGGUGCUGCACGAAUGCCAGAUUCCUCCUCAUCCUUCUUUGUGAACGAGGAGUCAGCCAAACACUACGGCUAUAAGAUCAGAGACUUGUCAGAGAACACAGACUUCAGGAAGAGGAUGACGCUCAAGAGCAACAUUGACGUGGAGGAUGCAGUGGAUGGAGUACGCUACAUCGCUGAGAAGAUGAAGAGUGAGGAUGAUGAUGAAGGGAUCAUUGAGGACUGGAAGUACGUGGCCAUGGUGAUCGACCGUCUCUUCCUGUGGAUCUUUGUGCUGGUGUGUGUGGUCGGGACUUUGGGCCUCUUCAUGCAGCCUCUGUUCCAGAGUUACAACACGCCCAUUCUUGAUGACAUGGAUCAUAAAUGAAAACUGAAACCAGAACUUUGAUCUCAACAUGACCCAGACAUGAACUCUGAGUCCCCCCAGAAACAGAGCUCUGACAACAUUUUAAUACAUUUACUCACACUUGUGCCCUGCACCACAUUAUCACUGGGAAAUGAUAAUUAUGAACUUUAGCCCUCUUCCACAUCCUGCUCCUUCCUUACUUCCACCCCUUGCCCUCUUCAUUCUCUAUCCUCUGAUCCACUCAUCUGUCAUUCACAGAGGAACUUGGCUUUAUUUAUUUCAGUUAACUUAAUGGAUUUAAUGAUGGUCUGUAACAACUUGUGUUUUGGCCAUCAUUAAACAGGCAGAUGAAGAAUCAUAGAGAUCAUUAUGUUAAACGAGGAGACCUAGAUACGUGGCAACAUUGCUGGUCAACUGAAUAGGGGAUGCUACACGCUAUGUGCCCCAGCCACUCGGUUACCAGGACACCCCCAGAUUAGCCAAACUUUGGAAGAUAAAACAAAGCCAUUUAUUCCAAAAAUGUCUGAUGUAAAAUGUAGACUUUGGUGUGUUCAAUGAUAUCAUAAUCAAAAUAAUUAAUGGCCAAAACUACAAAAACAAGAGCCAAGUUAUAAUAAACCAGAAUUACCUUUCAGUUCAAAAUGUGAAGUGGAACCACUUGUCAGCCAUGAUGCUCUUUCUUGAUGAUCCAUAUAGAUCUGCAGUUCUCCAAGGAUUGCAAUGUAGUUUUAUUUUAACAAGAAAUCCCAUAUGCAAAAUGGUCAUGUUUAAAGUAUGUUGACCCCCCAUCACUGUUCACAAAGGUUUACCUGGCCAACAGCAUCUCAGGACUAGAACAGACUUGGUUUUGCUCUUUUCUACAGUACUUUCUGUAUGUAUGUAAAUCAAAUUCUAAUGGCCCUAACAUGACAUUAUGGGGGCUAGCAUGUACACAACAAGGCACUAUUAUUUGAUAUUAAAUAUUUUUAUUUUUGUUAACUCAAAGAGAGAAAGAGCCCAAAGAUGUACAAAGCCACAGAAACUCACAUUUUGCAGAAAUGGGCUUCACAUUGACAACACAUCCCCUGAAGAGAUGAAGAUGAAUCCCUUCUGUGUAGAAACAUAGAAGAAGAUCACCUCUCUGUGUCCUUUUGCCAAUAGCACACAUACGACAUUAAUUUAUAAUAUUUGCCUUGAAAAAGAGAGCGAGAAGGGACACAAAUCAGCUAACUGUUGGACUGCUCAAAUAGUAAUUGAUGGGUGUGUAAGGGGGUGCCCAGCCUGUUUUUACCCUCACACACACACCUUACUGUGUGGACCUGAAAAAAUCGUUGAUCAAAUCUAUGACAAGCUGCUGCUGUGAUGUUCAAAAGCAGCUGUUUUUAAAUAAAGGAGGGGUGUUACAAUAGUGCUAAAAAAUAUCAAUUCAACACCAUGCUUCUUUUAAAGGUACAGUACCCUGGUUUCAUCAAAGCAGUGCUCAUCAGCAUCCAUCACCAAGGAAACCAGCAGCAAUAAAUAUUGUACUGUAUUUUAUACACACUGACCUGAAGGAAAAUUAGCCAAACUGUCUGGCUCUUCAAUUGCGAGACGUUACUUGAAUCUGUGUCCAGCAAUUAUUUCUAAGAGAUAUUAUAACUCGUCACUGUCAUAACUCACUCAUCUGUCACUGCUACCAAUGUUAGCCAAGGAAAAGGUGUGCUGUACUAAUUCAGCUGUAUUGAUUUCUUUCAUCUUUGUUUUUUCAGUGGAUGGCAUGAAACAUAAUUUUUCUUUUUCUGAGUUCUGUCUGUCUAGACGAUAAAUGCUGCGAAUUACAGGUUGAGAUGGGAGCUGAUGUCUUGCUAACCGGAUCAAUAAAGGAAAAU